GAAGGGGUGUGCGUUCUGAUUGAAUUUUAUCUUCCAUAAUAAAUGUACUAAUAUUUUUUUCUCUCUUCCAAAGACGUUCCAACUUGUAUUCUUGUCUCCUGGUUUCUCGAAUGUCAAUCAUGCCGACGACCUUCAACAAGAUAGCCGAGAUAAAUAUGGCCUCUCUGGUCUAUGGAGUCAAGGAAGUCAGACCAAUUGAUGGCAAACCAAAGUUCACAAUCGACAGGAUUCUUGGUCUGGACCAGGAAGACCAACAUACGAGGAUUAAACCCUAUCGACCUUGGGCAGAUUCGCUACUGGCACAGGUGUGCGUUAUUUCUAAAAGCGCUGGCGCAUCUGGCAUGAAUUACAACGAGGAAAGGACCACACAACUCUCUACAGACUCAUGCCGACAAACGCUAAACUGGUACAUAGGACGCAGACCUAGAACUGCCUUCACCAGACUGCAAAUUGAGAUCCUUGAGAGCAUUUUCCAAGUGAAUUAUUAUCCUGGGAUAGAUGUGAGAGAAGAACUGGCUAAGCAGCUACACCUAGAUGAAGAUAGAAUUCAGAUUUGGUUUCAAAACAGAAGAGCAAAACUCAAGAGAUCCCAUCGUGAAUCCCAGUUUCUGAUGGUGAAAAAAGUAUUUGUAAAGGAUGAUUAAUUCACCAACUUUCUUCCUCUCAACUGGUGUCUUCUUUCUUUUGAAUGUCCACUCACAUGUAUAACCUAAACAUAAACCUCAUAGUUUUAUAUGUAUUUAUUUUAUUAGAUAAGCUUUGCCAACUAAGCUUCAGUUGUAAUACAUUCACAGAAAUAAACAAUGUGUAACCUAACAUAAUGUGGAUUUAUGACCUUCGGUAGAUGUGUGCAUGUUCUCUUUGAAACUUGCCAUUUUCUUUACGUUACUGGCUUGAAUUGUAGCCAAUUGAUGUCAGUCAGUCCUUACCAAUACUAAUGGUUCAUAUAGAGUGAGAGUCUGUCAAUGCCCCCAUUCAAAAGCUGACAAAUUGAUGCUGUCUCUUUGACUGUUAGAUAUUACAAAUAAAACCCCUUCCCAA